GAGAAAGGCGUGUGUUUUUUGCUGCACCAGGCUGAGGCUGAGCACACCGGAACCCAACCCGGACGUGUUGCCGUAAACUUAACCGUAAUGAAUAAUCGUGGAUAGGUCCGAACUUUGUAAGUGGAGCGAGAUUGGUUUCUGAGUUUUUUUGGGUCUCUUUGGUCAAAAACAACCAUAACACACGCAAUCCACCCACCCACCCCUCUCUCUCUCUCUCUCUGCCGUGAUUCCAAACCCUAAUCGCCACCACCCAAUUCUCAAUUCUCCUUCAUCAAUUCGAUUCAUUCUACUUUGAUCUCUCAAUUUUCUGUUACUUAAUUCGAUUCAUUUUCAUUUUUUUUUAUUUCAAUUUCAUCAGAACGGUGCCACAACUAUGCGUUUAGCUUUGCUCUAGAUUUUUCUUGAUUCACUUUCUGCUCAAUUAUUAGGUUUGAGGAUAUGGAUUUGGUAGCUGGUGUUAAGGAAAAAUUGACAUAUUUUCGUAUAAAAGAGCUCAAAGAUGUGCUGACUCAGUUAGGACUUUCAAAGCAGGGAAAGAAGCAGUCCUGAAGUUAAUAUGAUGUCUUGGAGUUUUUGGAUGAUAUGAUAAUGCCAGUGCUCUGUCUUCUGUAGGACCUUGUCGAUAGGAUAUUGUCCAUUAUUUCAGAUGAACAAGUAUCGAAAAUGUGGGCUAAGAAGAAUGCUGUUGGGAAAGAACAGGUGGCAAAAUUAGUGGAUGACACAUAUAGGAAAAUGCAGAUAUCAGGGGCCACUGAUCUAGCAUCAAAGGGUCAGGCUGUGUCAGAUAGUAGUAAUGUGAAGGUUAAAGCUGAAGUAGAGGAGUCCUUUCAAAUUCAAUCAUCUACAAAGAUUCGCUGUCUCUGUGGAAGUACAUUGGAAACAGAGGAUUUGAUCAAGUGUGAUGAUGCAAGAUGUCAAGUGUGGCAACACAUAAGUUGCGUUAUUAUUCCGGAGAAACCUAUGGAAGGCAUCCCACCAGUUCCUGAUAAAUUUUAUUGUGAACUAUGUCGACUCAGUCGUGCAGAUCCGUUUUGGGUUGCAGUAUCUCAUCCUUUAUUACCUGUAAAGUUGACCACAACCAGUAUUCCAACUGACGGUACCAACCCAGUGCAGUGUGUGGAGAGAACAUUUCAACUCACAAGAGCAGAUAAGGACAUGGUAUCAAAGCAAGAAUUUGAUGUUGAGGCUUGGUGUAUGCUUUUGAACGACAAGGUUCCAUUCAGGAUGCAAUGGCCACAGUAUACAGACCUAGCAAUCAAUAGUCUUCCUGUUCGAACAACUAACAGACCCGGUUCACAAUUGCUUGGGGCUAAUGGCCGUGAUGAUGGUCCAAUUAUCACGCCGCAUACAAAAGAUGGAAUUAAUAAGAUUUCAUUAACAGUAUGCGAUCCUCGGAUUUUUUGUUUAGGUGUUCGCAUUGUUAGAAGGCGCAGUUUGCAACAGAUCCUAAACUUAAUUCCGAAGGAGCCUGAUGGUGAGCCUUUUGAAGAUGCUCUUGCACGCGUCUGUCGUUGUGUUGGGGGUGGAAAUGCAGCUGACAAUGCUGACAGUGACAGUGAUUUGGAAGUGGUUUCAGAUACAUUCAGCAUUAACCUUCGUUGUCCGAUGAGUGGUUCAAGAAUGAAGAUUGCUGGAAGAUUCAAACCUUGCAUUCACAUGGGUUGUUUUGACCUUGAUGUUUUUGUGGAAAUGAAUCAACGGUCAAGAAAGUGGCAAUGUCCUAUAUGUCUCAAAAACUAUGCAUUGGAGAACAUCAUCAUUGACCCUUAUUUCAAUCGCAUCACUUCUAUGAUGAUUAAUUGCGGUGAAGAUGUUACAGAGGUUGAGGUGAAGCCUGAUGGCUCUUGGCGUGUUAAGGCAAAAAGUGAAAAUGAACGUUUCGAUUUAGGGAAUCUUGGACAAUGGCACUCUCCUGAUGGAUCCCUCUGUGCUUCUACUGAUGGAGAUAUCAAAAGAGUAGAAACACUGAAGCAAGUAAAACAGGAAGGUUUUUCAGAUGGACCUGCUGGUUUAAAACUUGGCAUUAGGAAGAAUCGCAAUGGAGUUUGGGAAGUCAGUAAGCCCGAGGACACAAACACCUCUUCUGGUCAUAGAUUAAAAGAGGUUUUUGGAAAUCCUGAACAUGUUGUUAUUCCAAUGAGCAGCAGUGGCACUGGAAGUGGUCGGGAUGGUGAUGAUCCCAGUGUUAACCAGGGUGGUGGUGGGCAUGUUGAUUAUUCUACUACCAAUGGAAUUGAGAUGGAUUCUUUGUCCCUCAAUAAUGUUGAUUUAGCUCGAGGAUAUACUGCACUUAACACAUCUACUCAGGUGGGUGGUGCAGAAGUAAUUGUUCUUAGCGACUCUGACGAAGAAAACGAUAUAUUGGUGUCUCCUGCUAUUGUAAAUAACAGCAACCAAAAUGAUACUGCAGAUGGUUACUCCAUGCCACCGCCUGUAAUUGUUGACCCAUUUGCCGAAGAUCCGAAUCUUGGUGGAAAUCCAUGCUUGGGGCUUUUUCAUAAUGAUGAUUUUGGGAUGUCUUCUCUGUGGUCGCUGUCUUCUGCAUCUCAGGCUGCUCCAGGAUUCCAAUUGUUUGACUCUGAUGCAGAUGUAUCUGAUGCAUUGGUCCAUUUGCAGCAUGGUCCUAGUAAUGGUACCUCGCCAUUAAAUGGUUAUGCAUUGGCUCCCGAAACUACUUUGGGAUCUAGUAGUCUCUUACAAGAUUCCUCUGCCGGUCGGUCGGAUGCCGACUUAAACGGUGGUUUGGUUGACAACCCAUUGGCAUUUAAUGGAGAUGAUCCCUCACUUAAGAUUUUUCUCCCAACAAGACCAGCUGAGUCAUCUAUGCAGAAUGAAUUCAGAGAUCAAACAAAUCUAUCCAAUGGUGUCUGCACUGAAGAUUGGUUUUCCCUUUCUCUUGGAGGUGGUGCUGGCGGCAGUAACGGCGAUGCUUCCACUCAAAAUGGAUUGGAUUCUAGACAUCAAAUCCCAGCCAGAGACAAUGGCACAAAUAAUUUGGCUGAUACUGCUUCUUUGCUUCUUGGUAUCAAUGAUGUGAGAUCUGACAAAGCAGCUAAACAAAGGCCAGGUAGUCCUUUCACAUUUCCUCGCCAAAAACGUUCUGUAAGGCCCCGCUUGUACCUUUCUAUUGAUUCAGAUUCGGAAUAAAGGUGCCAGAACUUGUGUCUCAAGUACUUUAGGGACUCUUAGCACCAGAUAUUGUAUUUAGAAUUUGGAGGCAUUUUUGGUCCUCGAAAAGUGGCAGUUAUGUGUUGAGGCAUCUCUAGUGGAACAGCUAUAAAUUGGCCCUAACGCUGCACCUGCCCCCUUUGGCAAUGAUAUUGGCGGCACAGAUUCUCAAUUCUCUAUGCUUGAUAUUGAAGUUGACGGGUUGUGGUCGAGCUAUCAUUCUUUCAAUUUUCAAUAAUCUAUUGAGGGUAUAUUGCUGGUUUACUGUAUAGUUCGUCAUUCAAUCUGGUGGUAGUUUAAACUUUCUAAUUUGGUGGGGCAAAGUUUCCCAUUAGGAAUAUUUUAUAUGCAUUUUUGGCUCUGUGCCUGAGAGCAAAUAACCUGUAAAUGUUUAGUCUUCGAAUUCAAUAGUGAAUUCAAAUAGUUUUUCUUGUUCAAGGGCAUUACUUUUUCUGACUUGUGCCCAUUUUUACAUCUGGAUUUAAAUAUUUAUUUGUACAUGAUUAGUCACAAAAAAUCCGUCUAGAACUUUGGUUGUAUAUUUUUUUCCUUGUUUUAUGGAAUCAAGUUGUGGUUUUAGUAGCUA